CGCGUGUGUAGAUCCGCGCUGCGGCAGCGUGCCUGGGCUCCUCUCGCCUCCAUCUGCAUUGACACCGGGGCUGCUUCACGUCCUCUCACCGGCUUCAUUGCGGGGCCCUGUGCGUGUGCGCGUGAACGUGCGCGUGUGCAUGCGCGCCCUCAUCCACCUCGCGUUUUUGUGUGCGUGUUUUUUUUCUUCUUUUUCUUUUUUUUUUUUUUUUGGUGUGUCCGUUCAUUUUGUCCGAUCUCGCCCGGGCGCUCCAACCCCGGUUAGCGCGAUGCACUGAGAAAAAAAAAAAAACAAAAAAAAAAAACGAGACGGACAUUUUUUUGCACCGCGAGACGAAACGAUGGCGAUGAUGACGAUGAUAGCUUCUUCACCAAACGUAGCCUCCAAAUGUUCGACGGCCAUGGCGAAGCCUUCUUCCCUCCCCGUCAAGCUCUUCCUCUGGCUCUUUAUUGCCGUCCAUCUCCCAACCAGCUCCUUUCAAACCGAUGAUGAUGAUGAGGUAACCAACAAGACGUGGGUGCUGACCCCCAAGGUAUACGAAAGUGACGUCACGCAUAUCCUUAACGGCCUGUUAGAUGGAUACGACAACAAACUGAGGCCUGACAUCGGAGUUAAACCUACAGUGAUCCACACAGACAUGUUUGUCAACAGCAUCGGCCCAGUGAAUGCCAUCAAUAUGGAAUACACCAUCGACAUCUUUUUCGCCCAGACCUGGUACGACAGAAGGCUAAAAUUCAACAGCACGAUGAAGGUGUUGCGUCUCAACAGCAACAUGGUCGGGAAAAUCUGGAUCCCUGAUACAUUUUUUCGCAACUCGAAGAAGGCAGAUGCUCACUGGAUCACCACUCCCAAUCGCAUGCUCCGAAUCUGGAACGACGGACGGAUACUCUACACGCUAAGGUUGACCAUUGAUGCUGAAUGCCAGCUAAAACUGAACAACUUCCCCAUGGAUGAGCAUUCAUGUCCUUUGGAAUUUUCAAGCUAUGGCUACCCCAGGGAGGAGAUUGUGUACAAGUGGAAGAGGAGCUCAGUGGAGGUUGGAGAUAUCCGCUCCUGGAGGCUUUACCAGUUUUCCUUUGUGGGCCUGAGGAACACUUCGGAGAUUGUCAGGACCGUUUCAGGAGACUACGUUGUGCUGACGGUCUUCUUUGACUUGAGCAGGAGAAUGGGCUACUUCACAAUCCAGACCUACAUCCCUUGCACUCUGAUUGUUGUUCUCUCUUGGGUCUCAUUCUGGAUCAACAAAGAUGCCGUGCCAGCCAGGACGUCGCUAGGCAUCACCACUGUGCUGACCAUGACCACGCUGAGUACCAUAGCCAGGAAGUCUCUCCCUAAAGUCUCCUACGUGACUGCCAUGGACCUGUUUGUGUCCGUCUGCUUCAUCUUCGUCUUUGCUGCGCUAAUAGAAUACGGCACGUUGCACUAUUUUGUUAGCAACCGGAAGCCCAGCGCCAAAAAGGAUAAAAAGAAGAAAAACCCGCUCCUCCGGCUCUUUUCCUCCAAGCAGACGCCCACGGUGGACAUCCGCCCGCGCUCGGCCACGGCCAUCCAGAUGAACAACGCCACGCACAUGCAGGAGCGUGACGAGGAGUACGGCUACGAGUGUCUGGACGGCAAGGACUGCACCAGCUUCUUCUGCUGCUUCGAGGACUGCCGCUCGGGGGCGUGGCGACACGGCCGCUUGCACAUCCGCAUCGCUAAGAUUGACUCGUAUGCGCGCAUCUUCUUCCCCACCGCGUUCGGUCUCUUCAACCUGGUCUACUGGGUGUCCUAUCUCUAUCUCUAAGAGCGCGCGUCCGGCCUUAUCACCAAUGUGGGACUUCUUCAGUGUUAUUCCUUAUCAACAUCUUAUUCGUUUUGGGCGUGACGGACAUCGCAAAUCUUGUAGCAGUCCAUUUAACCGGCAUGAAAAGAUCGAUAAACACUGAUUAUAAUUAUCCCUGCGUGUGUUAAUCUUCACUGUGCCAAUGCCUCGUUUUUGUUGUUUUUUUUUUUUUUUUUGUCGCACCCAGACAAAUAGAAAAUAACCCGUUGUUGAUGUACAGUAUAUUUUACGUGAAAUACUACACAAUGUCAAUCACUUUUUUAGGGAUGGGAUACCUUUUCAAUCACGGGCGGAUGUUAUUUUUCUUUUUUUAAAGGGGACGAGAGACUCCCUGCCGAAUGUUCUGAACUCCUGUUUUCAUGCCAGUGUUGUAUUGAGCAAAAUAACGUGACCAAAAGCGGUUUGUUAAGUUGCCUCUGCUGGUGGCUGCGUGCCAUUUAGAGCAGUCAAUGAUAUUAUUAUGCUUAUCCCUGGAGGAAAUGUCUUCUAAUAGCACAACGAAACGUCACAUUUCUACACGUGGUCAGAGCUAUGAUGACUGUACAGACACUGUAUAUAUUUUACAAUCACACACUGUAUAUAUUAUUGCAUGCACCUUUCAAGGCCAAAACAAUCUAUUUUAUUGUUUUUUGGGGGGCUGCAGUUGGGUGUCAUUCAGGGUUUCAAUACACUUUCUCCACACACAGCUGGUCAGGGUAGAGUUUAGUACGUAGGGACUGUUUUGUGUUAAAAGCAGGCAUUUAGAUCACGAACUGUGCUUGUGCAAGAUGAGACACAAAAAAAAGGUGCAGAAUGACCUGAAUAUGAUGCCAUUUGGUCUAGAGAUCAGUGUUAAUACUUUUAUGUAUUUAUUUGUUGCAUCGAUUUGCAUAUCAUACACACAUUAUAAUGCGCCUGGUCUGCCAGAGCAUAAAGCAACAGCGCAAGAGGGAUCAUUAGUGUUUCCUAGUGGUGGGUCAAACUAUACUGAAGUAUCGAUGCCUUAUGAUACACAAGGAGUGAUAGAUACUGUGUCCCUCCAUGUGUGUCACUUUAAAACUGCGAAGCGCCAACAUGAUUUUAUCAGGAAGAAAUGAUGUCCUCUCAUAUCAAAUGAAGUCGAAAAAGUGAAAAAUUCCGGCGUCUGGGAUCAUUUUGGUCUUAUUGCGCCAAAUAAAUUAAAUGUUCCUAUUUUCUGGUUUACUAUUUGGCUCAUUGACCAGAGUCGCCGGUUUCGUGUUCAUUUCUGUACAGAUAUAUGUUUUGAAAAAAAAUACAAAAUUAUAUUUGCUAACUAUUCAUUUUAUUCACAGGUAGGGACUUUUUUUGUUAAACAGAUGGCAGAUGACCAUGAUAAAACAGUAACACGUUAUCUGUGCAGUGUCAAUACAGCAAGUGAGUGUGCCAUACACUCACUGAAGUGUCAUUUACCCAUCAGUAGUGUUGCCAUAUUAGCGAGUAAUCAGAACCGUUAAGCGACAAGUCUUGUGGAGACUAAAAUGAAAGCACAUAUCUCUCUUAACGAGCAAUGGGUGCUGUUGCGGGCCCCUUCUCCAUCGAAAGGCGCUGGCCGGCAGCAAAAAAUAAAUAAAAGUUUAUAGUUUGAAAUACAUGUUUUUGAUAAUAUUUGUUGCUUACUUUUCGCAAAUGCGUAAUGGCCAAUUAUGCAAGUUUGACAAUUUUCCCUGCCAUCACAAAUAGAAACACUGAAAUGUGUACAAUUAUGUAAAAAACAAAAAAGUAGUGAGUUAGAGCUUUUCUGCCUGUCACUCACAUGCAAACCGGUUAUCAAGUGGAAUGGAGAGAACGUUAGGAAAGUUUGCAAACAGAGGCACUAUCAUGCUAGUUUUAAAGUCAAAAACAAAAAUCAAUGAACUGCCCAGCCACUAAAAAAAACGUAUUUGUAUUGUAAUUUACGAGUUAUAACACUAAUACUGAAAAACUAGUAUAUAUUUUCUCCUAGUUUUUUUUUGUUUUUUUUUUAUAAUAUUUGGUCAGUAUUGUAUAUGUGCUUGGAAAACUGCAGUUCACCUAGACGACAAAGCAACAUUCCACCCUUAAAACAAGUGUGGGAAAAUUACCAAAAAAACACAAUGCCACCAUUAAUUGAGUUUGUCAUCAAUAGUGGUUUUAUUUAAAUGUUUUCAACAGUAUCUCUGAGAUUCCUCUGAUUUUAGAAUUGCAUGGAUUAAAUGCUCUGCCCGAAAAUGUCACAUUAAAAACACGCGUUCCAUUAAAAAAAACAAAAAAACAUGAGCAAGCCUUAUUACUGAGCAUCUCACUUCAUGUUGGUGUAUACUUGCUGUCAUUCUCUUGGAAGGAAAGCUUAUGAUUUGUAAAUGUGUAUAAUAUAUGAUGCAAAAACAUAAAAAAAAUAAACCCUGGCCGUUUUUACAAAACAAAAAACAAAACAAAAAGAAACAAGGGUGGGGGGGGGUGUAAAUCACAUUAUUUCUGUACAUAAAUGAUGAAACGAAGGGUAUAAAUAUAUAUUUUGUAAUUUCCGCUUGUCACACUAUAUCAAAUGACAGUAUCUUAGACUUAUUUAAUGGACUGAACACGGAAUAAUCCAAGAGUGGAUGCUAUAUAUAGUUUAUUUAUGGUAUUUAUUUAUUUCAUGGAAAUAAAUUGUACUUUAUGUUUAAACAAACAAAAAAAAAAAUCUACGCAUUCGAUGCAAAGAGUGCAUUUUUGACGUCGAUAUGUCAGUGCGCCGACUUCUCUUUUUCUUUGUUGUGAUCGACGUUCUCACUGAGGCCUGUCCAACUGUUUUGUUUUUUCUAUUGUGAUUUCUCUGUCAUGCCACUACACAACAAGGAGCGAUCCGGGAACAAUGUCCCAUGUGACACGUUUGUCAUGUUAUUUUAUUUUUUUUCCCCUGUACUCUUAACGCUGAUCCUGCCACACUACCAGCAUCAUUGGUUGGUGCACUCAAGCAGUGGUUCUCAAACGUUUCCCACAAAUACCACCUCAGAAAACACUUUUCAAGUAUCACCAUAAUACGAUACAGUAGCGUAGUAAGCCCAAACAUUCAUUAAAAGCAAUGCAGAUGUUUUAUUUAACCAGUAUAUUUCAUAUUUGUGGGCACUUACAUUACAGUUCGAACAGUAACACUGUUUGGAUGUUUCAUUGUGUGAUUCUUUAGAUAAAGCCUUCAUACCACUAGUAAUACCCGUACCAAAGUUUGAGAAUCACUGUUCUAAAGCAACCUUUUCCAAACUGAGAGCUGGGAUGAAAAAAUGUUAUAAACUUGUUUUUUUUUUUGUUACCGAAAGGCCCCUUUGUGAAAAGUAAGCUUAUUAUUGAUCAGCAAUCAGGCACUCAUUUUACUGGCAUUAUUGAUCUGUUUUUUGUGUUAUUAAUCAUAGCUUCAUGUACAUCAGGGGUGUCCAAUUGUCGGCCCCAACACCACUAGUGUGACAUGUGGACAACCCUGAUGUAUUAAGUGUCAAAUGUAUGCUAACACAGGUUUUAUGUCUUCCAGUAAAUAAAAGAAACAGAAUUUUUAUUUUGGAAUACUAUAGUAGUGUCAUAUCGCUUACAGUAGGGAAGGAAUUAAUAUGGCCCCAUUUCUGGGUGGAUCAGAUUAGAGGAAUAAGGGGAGCGGGGGGUUAAUCAUUAUUCAAUGCAGUCUGCGGAAAAUGAUGGAAAGUGCCACUCUGCAUCGCAACUGACGCUGUGGUCAAAAUUGGAAUUGCUAUUAAAAAAAAAACACAGUUUAAGACAUUCAACAUUCUCCUGCCGGCUAAAGCAGAGGCGGCAAGUUUGUCACGUUUCAUGUGCCAGGUAUGCCGUGACAAAUAGGUUCAUAUGAAUCCCCUACCUAUAAUGUACAUUGUGACACUACUUGUUUUCACACCAGAAAAUAACAAAACCAGAAUUGUAAAGUGCAUAUCAUUUUUGUUAGUGAGUGUUUGGGGUUAAAAAUGACACUUAACCCCCAAACCCCCACUCCCCAGAAAAACUGAAGGCUGCAAUGAUUAUUUUCUUUUUUUUUUUUACUUCUCAAACAUUUUAAAGGUUGUUCAAUGUUGGUUAAAAUGUUUAGCAGGUAAAUGUUUUAAAAAUAAUGCCUACAUAUCAGCUUUUGUGUUUGUCUUAAAUUAAUGUGUUGAACCUGACGAUAAAACGACUGGUUUUUGAGGGACGAAAAAACAUUUUGAAUUCAAUUUUUUUUUGUUUACUUUUUUGCUCAUGUCUUAUUCAACGAAUAUAUGAAACAUGUCAUGUUUUUUUUAAUCAGACAAUGUCACAUUUAAAAAUAAAUCAUGCACUGUAAAUGUAUACUAAUUCAAAACGGACAUUGAUUAAAUUGCCUUCACAGGGUUAAAGUGUGUGUGUAUACAUAUAUACACACAUAUACAUACAUACAUACACACACAUAUAUAUAUAUAUAUAUAUAUAUAUAUAUAUAUAUAUAUAUAUAUAUAUAUAUAUAUAUACACACACACACACACACACACACAUACAUACACACAGAACCUAUCAAAGGGUUGGUAUUUUUAUUAGAUUUUUAUAUAUAAUAUAUAUAUGUAUAUAUACAUAUAUCUACAGUAUAUAUAUAUAUACACAUAUAUAGAUAUUUAUUUAGGGGUCUAAAAUGUUUUUACAUGUUUUGAAAAUUGAAGGAAUGUUUGGCUUUGGGGUGUUGCGGAAUAAUUGCCAGUGUUACAUACACCUCUGAAAGAAUCGGACAUUGAAUUUUUUUUACAUGAAAAAAACUAUUUUAAGUAGUAAAAAUCAUGUAACAAAUAACAAAAAUGACGGCCUAAAUACAACAAAAAAUAAAGGUUUCCUUCAUUCAUCGGUUAAUAUAUUCUACAAACGUACAAACAGUGUAGGUUAUUGAUUGUGUCAUAAAAGGAUGGCACUUUUAAGUGUGUGUGUAUGUCACAAAAUUACACGUUAAAAAGGACCAAAUUAACCAUGUUUACCAUUUUUGUGAUGUCUGCUAUUUAUUUUGAUACUUAUCAAUACAACAUUUCAUUAUACAAGUUUCUAAUAUAUAUGUUGUAAAAAAAGACGAGUUACAAAGCUUGGUUGAGAUUCUCUUGCAUCCCAUAUGUUACUUGUUUGGUAUCUAUGUCAUUCUUCAGUUGUGUGUACAUACUGACAAUGGGGGGGCACUGGGAGGUAUGUGUAGUGUCCAAACCUGUACUUUUCAUAAGGGAAAUGCACACAGCUGUGAAAUUUUACAAUAAAAUUGUUGCAUUCA